AUGCCCGACGCCCAGAGCUCACCGGUGACUUCAUUGGGGGCCUCAGCGGAGACACGGAGUAGCUCCCUUCCAGCAGAGCUGGGCCUGGAACCCAGGUUCUGCUGUGACAGACCCAAGUCUCUGGGGGUGACGUCUCAGCUGGACUGCAGAGAGCGUGGCCAGGCCUGUGACCCACUGACGAUAUUCACCCGGCCCUCCUCCUCGGCUGUGCUGGGCUCUGCAGCGCUGCUGAAAUGCCGAUUCAAUAUCGGGGGGCCGAUCAAUCUAACCGCCCUGCAGGUUCACUGGUAUUUCUCAGAUCAGAGUGUGGCGCAGUACGACCGAGGGGAGGAAAUAUUCGCACCAGGGGUGAGCAUCUCCAAGCAGGAGUUACUGAUGGGGAACGCCUCCCUGGGGAUGGAGAACGUACAAAUGUCAGAUGAGGGGCAGUAUACAUGUGUGGUCGGCUACGGUGCGGAGCGGCAGGAGAGCGAGACGACCCUCCGUGUGUUGGCUGCUCCCAGACUCUCCAUCCCGCGGCGAGCGGCCAGGACAGACACAGCGACCUCCUUCCCCUGCCACGUGUGGGGAUUCUACCCCGGGGACGUCACCGUCACGUGGCUGAGAGACGGGCGGGUUCUGACCGACGCCACCCGCUCUGCCCCCCAGAGGAACCCGGACGGGACCUUUAACCUCACCCUGACCCACACCUUCACCCCCACCGCGAGCGACUCCGGCAGCAUCUUCUCCUGCCACGUCAGCCACGCGGCUCUGGCCCAGCCCCUGCGGGAGGAGUUCCCCCUGGAUGUCACAGCCGCUCCCAGGAUCUCCAUCCCCCAGCGAUCGGGAACGAAAUUCACAACAACCUCCUUCCCCUGCCACGUGUGGGGAUUCUACCCCCGGGACAUCGCCGUCACGUGGCUGAGAGAUGGGCGGGUUUGGCCUGAAUCCACAUAUUCUCCCCUUCAGAGGAACCCGGACGGGACCUUUAACCUCACCCUGACCUACACCUUCACCCCAACGUUUAGGGACAGAGGCAGCAUCUUAACCUGCCGCGUCAGCCACUCGGCUCUGGGAUCCCUCUGGAUGUCAAAUGUAAGCAUCUGUGCAGGGGGAAUGAUUCCCUUGGGGGACCUGUCACCCCGGUAUCAGUCACUGCUCAGGGGAGACUCUUCUAGUUCCUCCCCUCGUCACACCCCAGUCUCCAGCUCCCAUCAGAGGGGAGAGAUUCCUGGGGCUGUGGGACGGGAGAGUGAGCUGAAGAGGGGAUUGAACGCACACAAGCGCAGAGAAUGGUUGUGGGGAGGGGGAAAUGCUGGAGCUCUCAGGGCUGCAGGGUGGGGCACAAGAGGGUUAAUAUUGGGGGAGGUGAAUGGAGCCCUUAGGGCUGUGGGGACCCCAGGGCAGUAGAGAUAAGAUGGGUGGGGUUGGGUGGGGGAUAUUGUCUCCCGGGUAUCUCUGGUGCCCACUGUAGCGGGGUGGUUACCCCACUCCUGCCCUGAGGGGUUUGGAAUAGCCCUGCAGAAGGCUGUUGCAGGGAGAAGCAGCUACUGGGCUGAUUGGGGAAGUAGCCACAGCUGGGCCACGCCCCAAUCAGGCCCCAGCUGGCCUGUAUAAGAAGGCUGGGAGCCAGACACUUAAGAGUCUCUCUCUCUGUCUUCAGAGGGAGAAGGGCCUGGCUGCAGGGAGUUAGACAGGGCACCUGUAGUGGAGCAGGGCUGGGGAAAGGCUGAGGAGCUCCAGCCUGGAUAGCCCCAGGCUGCGGCCUAGUGGAAGGCCAAGGGGUACUGGGGGUUGCAGAGGGCAGCAGGUCCAAACCCUCCUUGCCAGUGAUGAGUGGCCUAUACUGCAGUCUGCCCCAGGGAGCGGGGGCUAGUUGAUGACUGGCAGUGGCCUUACACUGAGGUGAGGUGGGGUUAGUGGGUGGGGGUUCCCCUGGGAGGGGAGACCUGGUGUGUGUGGGUACUGCCCCCUGGGGU